AAGAGAUAGAGGGUGUUGCUGUGCAUAACCGUCUAUCAUACAUGAAUAUGUAUAUAUACACUGAAGUAUACAUUUAUAUGGCAGCCACGAUUGUUGUUAAACAAGAGUUCAGUGAGUGAAAGAGUGAAACAGAGUGAUUUUAAUAUUCAAAAACAAAAACAAUUAAAAUGAUCGAGAGUGAAAAUGAAUCUGACGAAAAUUCUCCGCCACGCAAACAUAGAAAGCUUCAUUAUGAACAAAAAUAUUCCAAAAUUUGUGAAAAAGAAUCAGAGUACGCAGGUUGGAUAAAGCCUAGCAAUAGAGGAAAUCAAUUCUUUUACUGCACAGCAUGUAAUUCCAAUUUAAAGUGUGGUGGAGGAAAGUUUACAAUUUCUAAGCAUGCUCAAAGUCACAAACAUAUUAGUAAUAUUAAAGGUACUAUCCAUCAGCCACCUAUUACUUCAAAAUUUAGCCAAUCAUCAAAAUCUUUCGAAGAGAAAGUUAAAUCGGGCGAAAUGAAAAUGGCAUGUUUUCUAGCAAAAAAUAACCUAUCAUUUAACGUCGCAGGUAAUCUAAAGAAUCUUAUCCAGUCAGUAUGUCCAGAUUCAGAAUUGGCAAAGCAACUUACAUUUGGUAGAACAAAAGCUCAUGCUAUAGUGACAAAUGUUACUGGGAAAGUUGCAUAUGAAAAACUAUUGGAUAAACUGCGAAAUGGAAAAUUCUCUUUAAUAGCUGAUGAGAGUACUGAUAGAUCUACUAUUAAACACAUGGCUUUAAUUGUACGGACUGCGACGGAUUUUAAAGUUGAAGAUAGCUUUUUAUGCUUGUUACCAGUAUCAGAUUGUACUGCUGUCGCAUUACAUCGGACUUGCAAGGAAUUUUUCGAAAAAGAAAAUAUUCCUUAUAAGCAAAAUAUGAUUGGAUUCGCUUGUGACGGAGCAAAUAAUAUGUCCGGAGAUUAUCUUUCAUUAGCAGCGUUGUUCGCUAAAGAUAUACCAAAUUUAUUUAUAAUGAAAUGUAUUUGUCACUCAUUUCACUUGUGUGCUUCUUAUGCUUGCAAAGAACUCCCCCGAGGAGUAGAAGAUUUUGCAAGAGAUGUGUACAGUUAUUUAAAAAAUAGCCCGAAACGACUCAAUGACUAUCAAGACUUCCAGAAAUACUUAAAUAUUAAACCGAACAAACUUUUACACCCCUCACAGACAAGAUGGCUUUCUUUACUUCCGGUCGUGUAAAGGCUCAUCGAUCAACUACCAGCACUGACUUUAUAUUUUCAAAAUGCUGUUUUGGGUGAUAGAUUACUUGCUGCUAAUUCAACAUUGGAAAAAUGCUUGGCUCCUUCUACUGUUCUCUACUUGCAAUUUUUUAAAUUUGCUUUACCAUAUUUUCACGAUCUAAACAAGGAAAUGCAAUCGAAAAGCCCGAAGUUGUUUGUCUUGUACGAAAAAGUGUUUGCGACCUAUAAAACGACCUUGGAGUGUUUUAUUAAACCAGAAUGUUUGGAGUUAUCAGCUGCAGAAAAAGAAGCCAGUACAAAUUUUUCAGCAAGUCUGGAAACUAAAAUUUUAAAUAUUAAAUAUGAAUCAAAGAGAAAUCAUUUACCCUACGAUCAAGUAUACCUGGGAGGUGAUGUCUUAGCGUUGUUAUCACAAGAAGAAUUUGUUCGUGACAUGGGAGAAGCUUAAGUCCACAAUUUUAUACAAAAAUGUGUUCUUUUUUAUACUAUGAGUAUUAAGCAAAUAAGGAAUAGAUUCCCGUUUGAGGAUUUACAGAGACAAAGAUUGAAAAAUUUAUCAUUUUUAAAUCCUCAAUGUUUAAUUGAACAAAAAUCUGUAACUCCUAUUGCUCACUUAAAAAAAUUGUUUCCAGAUUUAUGUCCUUCGAAUUGAACGGAAUUGGGCCGAGAAUGGAGAAUUUUAAGAAAUACUACGCUUCCUUUCAAUACUGCAGAAGAUAUCAGGGUUGAAGAUUUUUGGCAUCAUGUUUCAGCAAUCAAAAAAGGCGAUCAUUCGCAAAUGUUCCCUUUGCUGAGCCAGUUCGUGAAAAAACUGCUUGUGCUUCCGCACAGUAGUGCCAAUGUUGAGAGGCUGUUUUCAGCAGUCAAUUUAUUAAAAACUUCUAGUCGAAGCAAGUUGUCAACUGAUACCCUACAUGGACUUCUACACACCAAAAGAUUCAUCAACGAAAGUUCUGAACAACCUGUACCUACUGAAGCUCAUUAUAAAUUAUUCAACCAGAAUAUGUAUUCUUUUAAAGAA